AUGGAUCACGAACGAUUGAAAAAGAUAAGAGACUCUCUUAAAGCCUUUUCAAGGGAGAGAAGCCUGUUGAAUAUGACGCGAGAUGAACUUGCACACAUACAGAAAGAGGUACUCAUAUGCUGCACGCCAAAUGAAAUAGCACAUGCAUGGAACAAACUGCCGGAGCAUUUGAAGGAGGACGCUGAUAUACAGUGA